UUGAUAUAUAUUUUCUUUGCUUUCUCUUGCGUAUAGCAACAUGCAACUACGAGUCGGUGAGCUCACUGUUGAUAAACUCGAGAUGAUAGAAGACACGAAGGGCAACCCCGGAGACUUCGGAAAACUAAUUGUCACAAACUUGAGAGUCAUCUGGCAUUCCUCGUCUUUACCACGAAUCAAUUUAAGCGUCGGCUACAAUACAUUUAUCACGGUGAACACGAGAAUUCUUUCAAUGAUUCAUGGCGGACAUACACAAGCUCUUCAUAUACUGACUUCGUUUCGGAAUUGUCGAUACGAAUUUAUAUUUACAAAUCACGACACUAAAAGUACGAGACACUACACUUCGGUCAUAGGCGUUUACAGAGCUUACGUAUCGUCGAAGAUCUACAGAGAAAUCAAACUAAGAAGCGGCAUCAUACGUGAGAAUCGACUGGACCUGUUGCCUCAAGAAAAAGUGCAUUCCUCCAUACAAGAUGUCUGGAAUUUGUCCGUCGAACAGGGAAAUAUCGGAACUUUUAUUAUAACAAAUAUACGUUUGGUGUGGUAUGCGGAUGUAAAUCAUCAGUUCAACGUGUCGAUACCUUAUCUUACAAUUGGAAAUAUUACUAUUAGAACAUCAAAAUUUGGACCGACUUUAGUCAUUUUAAGUACGGAGGCCAGUGGAGGAUAUAUCUUAGGUUUCCGCGUUAAUCCUCUGCAACAGCUUCACAUCACUCACAAAGAGAUCUCGAUUCUCCGUUCGGAAUUUGAAAAGUUUCCCAUUUUCGGCGUGGAAUACACGUUUGAGCAUCAGCCACCUUCACAAAAGGAAAUUAGUGUGGAACAAUUCACUGAGAUACAGGAUAAUCAAGCUGAAAUAUCAAAUGUGUUUGGUUAUUACUUUUCCGAGGGGGAAACAGGUCAGAGGAAGCCAAAUUUCUCGAUUCACUUGGGACUCGCGGCAGAAGAUCCGAGAGAAGGAAGUACACUGCAGAGUUUGUGGGAACUCGUACCGUCGUCUUAACUUUUCACCUUUUCGAAACUUAAAGUUUCCACAUACCAAUACUGGAAACUGACAAAUUACCAUGCGAGUUUCUUCUCACUGUAAAAACACGCUCACAAGAGAAUGAGAAAAAACAAAUCCAUAUUUUGUACAAAAAAAAUAUUUUAACACAAUAUAUUAACUACAUCGUGUAAGACUCAAAAUAAUGUUCAUGUAAUUUUUGCAAUUUCCUUAACGAUACAUCACAAUAUUUUAGCAAUUAAAAAUUAUAAUUAUAAGAUUUUAAGGUCUUGUUUCGCUUUUGACCGCUUACAAAAUUGUCUGCUUAAAAAAUUAUACAACGUAAGUGCUUUGAGACGUAUUAAGACGUAUUAUCAGUGAAAAAAA